GUCGGGUGGCGGCGGCGGAAGCGGAAGUGGCGUUGGCGCAGGCGCGGAGAGAGCCCGGGCCGAGGGAGGGAGGCGCCCGCCCGAGCGAGCCAUGGAGCUGCGGGGGGAGCUGCUGUCGCCGAAUAGAAUGAGCUGUGGAGACUCGAAUCCUGCAGCAGUGCCGCAUGCUGCUGAGGAUACUCAGGGAGAUGACAGAUGGAUGUCACAGCACAAUAGAUUUGUUUUGGACUGCAAAGACAAGGAACCUGAUGUGCUCUUCGUGGGUGAUUCCAUGGUGCAGUUGCUACAGCAAUAUGAGAUCUGGCGAGAGCUCUUCUCACCACUUCAUGCAUUGAAUUUUGGGAUUGGUGGAGACACCACUGGACACGUUCUGUGGAGACUGAAGAAUGGUGAACUGGAGAACAUUAAACCGAAGGUCAUUGUUGUUUGGGUUGGAACAAAUAAUUACGAAAACACAGCAGAAGAAGUGGCAGGAGGGAUUGAGGCCAUCGUGCGCCUGAUAAAUACCCAGCAGCCACAGGCCAAAGUUAUUGUGCUGGGCCUGCUACCUCGUGGAGAGAAGCCAAACCCUCUGCGGCAGAAGAAUGCCAAGGUGAACCAUCUGCUAAAAGCCUCACUCCCCAAACUACCCAAUGUGCAGCUCCUGGAUGUAGAUGCUGGCUUCGUGCACUCGGAUGGCACCAUCUCAUACCACGAUAUGUUUGAUUUCCUGCACCUGACAGGAGGGGCCUAUGCAAAGAUCUGCAAACCCCUCCACGAACUGAUCAUGCAGCUACUGGAGGAGACCCCUGAGGAGAAGCGAGCUGCCCUGGCCUGAUUAGCUGAUGUCAGUGUUAACGUCACCCAGCCCAUCAGAUCAGUUCUGUCACUGGCACUACAGAAUCCUUCUUUCUUAAAGCACUUUCCAUUGUAGAAUGUUACAGAUGUUCAUAUCUCGUGUUUUGAGGGGGAAGGCUGAUGUUUAACUGGUCUUGUACAGAUGAGGGCCAGCUUGUUUGGUUUUAUGCAGGAGGAAAUUAGCUGAAGAGGAGUUUUACUUUUAAACCAUUCCUCAUUUAAAAUGAGCACAGGACUGUCACUCUGUGCCCCUCUCACGUGUUGUUGCUCUGUGGUUGUCCUAGAACCUUUUUAGCCUGUCUCUGACAGCCCAUACGCAGCUCCUGGCCGCCCUUCCUGGCUGUAGGAGUUGUGCUCUGUGUAUUAGCCUGUGAACAAGAAUUACCUUUCACUUGCUAAUAACAGAACAGAUGCAUUUUUCCAAGCUCAGUCCCACCUUUUAAAGGUUUCUGGUUGGUUUUUUUGGUUGUUUUUUUUUCUCCUUUUUCUGGGGUAUUUUAAGUGACACGUGUUGUUUCUCACUCCUUAUUUCUGAAGCAGCAUGAAACUGGAAUUCAGAAACCUAAGGGAACAAACUGUUAACUUCUCUAAAGCUCCCAGGUGCUUGUCCUUGUGCUCAUUUCACCAUACCUGGUAGCCUGGGCACUCUUCAUUCCAUGUAGUUUCCCUGUGGGCAGUGUCAUUCAGGUGCCCCUGAUGGCAGCCCUGUCUGUGUAUGGCAUUGCUGGCUUUUGAAGUCAUUCAGUGUAGCAUUUUAAUUAUCCAGUUGGUAUCACACAAGGCAGUCACUUCCUCGCUACUAUGGAACUGACAUUUCAUUCCUUUGGGAUGCCUGUGCUCCAGGGCUCUUUGCAGUACUGUUCAU